AUUGAGCAACAAUUCACAGUGUAUCUAGGUGCUCCAGGCGCUGCAUUACCUAUAAGAGAAACAGCAUUUGUUGUAUUGGUGGCUGAUGGUUUUAGGUUCUUUACUAGUAAUAAUAGUAAUUUGGCUCAUUGCACAUUUGCAAACCUCAGUUUACAGAUAAAAACAAUUUGUAAGACUCUGUGAGAUGCGGCUGUCCAGGUCUUUGUCAAUAUCGUCAUUAAGUGGGCUUCCGCUAUGGGAAGAGGAAAGUCUACCUGUGCAAGAUCUCCUGCUUUUUGAGGUCUCGUGGGAAGUCACAAAUAAGGUUGGGGGUAUAUACACUGUUAUUCAGACUAAAGCAAAGAUCACAGCGGACGAAUGGGGAGAGAACUACAUCAUGAUGGGACCUUACUACGAACACAACUUCAAGACCCAGGUGGAAAAAUGUGAACCCCCAAACCCAGCCAUCAAAGCUGCCAUGGAUUCCUUGAUUAACAACGGUUCCCAGGUGCACUUUGGCCGCUGGUUGAUUGAGGGUAGUCCAUACGUCAUCCUCUUUGAUAUUGGGGCAUCGGCCUGGAACCUGGACCGCUGGAAGGGGGAUCUGUGGAAAGUGUGCAACAUCGGGCUGCCCUAUCAUGACAGAGAGGCCAACGACUCGCUCAUCUUUGGUUCUCUUGUGGCCUGGUUCUUCAAGGAGUUAACAGACCAACUACAGGGCAAGCAGAGCAUAAUUGCUCAUUUCCAUGAGUGGCAAGCAGGGACAGGACUUCUACUAAGCCGCUCCCAAAAGAUUCCCUUGGCAACCAUUUUUACCACACAUGCCACCCUACUCGGGCGUUACCUGUGUGCUGGCAAUGCAGACUUCUACAACAACCUGGACAAGUUUAACAUAGACAGAGAGGCAGGAGAGAGACAGAUCUACCAUCGGUACUGUUUGGAGAGAACUGCGGUACAUUGUGCACAUGUCUUCACCACAGUGUCACAGAUCACAGCUGUGGAGGCCAAUCACAUGGUCCAUAGACAACCAGAUGUCGUGACCCCAAACGGCCUGAAUGUUAGGAAGUUCUCAGCCAUGCAUGAGUUCCAGAACCUCCACUCCUUGAACAAAGCCAAGAUCCAGGAGUUUGUUAGGGGUCACUUCUACGGCCAUCUGGACUUCAAUCUGGAAAAGACCCUGUUCUUUUUCACCGCAGGACGAUAUGAGUUUUCGAAUAAAGGAGCAGACCUGCUGCUAGAGUCUCUGUCCAGAUUAAACUACUUGCUGAGGGUUCAUAAGAGUGAUGUUACAGUGGUUGUGUUUUUCAUCAUGCCUGCCAAAACCAACAACUUCAACGUGGAGUCUCUUAAAGGACAGGCUGUACGCAAGCAGCUGUGGGACAAUGCUCAGUUCGUGAAGGAGAAAUUUGGGAAAAGGCUUUAUGAGAGCUUGUUAAGGGGUGAGAUCCCAGACAUGAGCAAAAUCCUGGACAGAGAUGAUUUCACAAUCAUGAAGAGGGCCAUUUUUGCAACACAGAGAAACUCUCUUCCUCCAGUUACAACUCACAACAUGCUGGACGACUCCACAGACCCGAUCCUGAGCAACAUCCGCAGAAUCGGCCUCUUCAAUGGACGCAAUGACAGAGUGAAGAUUGUGUUCCAUCCGGAGUUCCUGUCCUCCACCAGCCCCUUGCUGCCCAUGGACUAUGAGGAGUUUGUGCGCGGCUGCCAUCUGGGAGUGUUUCCAUCCUACUAUGAACCAUGGGGCUACACUCCAGGUGAGUGUACCGUCAUGGGCAUCCCCAGCGUAACCACCAAUCUGUCUGGGUUUGGCUGUUUCAUGGAGGAGCAUGUAUCUGACCCCUCUGAAUAUGGGAUCUACAUUGUGGACCGGCGGUUCCGUUCUGCGGAGGGCUCGUGUAACCAGCUGACUCAGUUCAUGUUUUCGUUUUGCCAGCAGUCACGUAGACAGCGAAUAAUCCAACGCAACCGCACAGAGAGACUCUCUGACCUGCUAGACUGGAGAUACCUCGGACGGUUCUACAUGUACGCCCGGCAUCUGUCCCUCAGCAGAUCCUUCCCUAGUAAAUUCAAAAUGGACCAUCUUAACAUUGCACCGACACAAGGCUUCCGUUACACCCGACCCUCUUCCGUCCCUCCAUCCCCAUCGGCUUCCCUCCACUCCACCCCUCACCACAGCGAUGAGGAAGAUGAAGACAGCUAUGACGAAGAGGAGGAGGCGGAGAGGGACAGGCAGAACAUCAAGGCACCGUUCACUCUGGGUGAAAUGGAAAAAGGGAAGUAAGAUCUGCACCCACCUGCUGCUGUAGUUCAGACUCGUUCAGAAAUAUUCACACCCCCUGCCCACUGAGAAUGUGCUACAUUCAUCUGCCUGCAGCCUUUGAACGGAUUAUUGAUCAAGUAUCUUCAAUGUAUGAAUGAGAAGAUAACAUAUAGUGGGUUUCAAAAGUCUAAGAUGAUCCUGAAAAUCUGGGAUUUAAUAACCCAUUUAAACUAAAUGGUAACUGAACCAUGUGGACUCAUUUGUACAGAUGAUUGUAGCUUUUGUUGAAGCUCAAGACACUCUCAUCAAGUUUGACUCAAGUAGACUUUUGGAUAUAAAUUCGGUACUAAAAACACAUCUUAUUUGGUGUUUUAAACCACAUUAGACAUCAAAUUUGGCAUAUAUUAUUAAUUUGUGUAUUAAUGUUGAAAAAUUAUUAUUAAUGAUUAGCAAAGUUCAUGUAUCCUUUAUCCAUGUUUUAUUAAAAAGUCUCAAUCACAGUAGUGGUUAUCAGUGCAAAUUCAGUUUAAUUAAUUGAGAAAAUGUUCACAUAUUUGCAAAUAUGUAUUUUGCAGACCAGUCACUUCACAUGAGAAAAUUAAAAGGAAAAAAAAAAAAAAUCUGUACAGUUAAUUAUAUAUUACACAGAAUUCCAAUCAUCAUAAAUAGUCUCUUUUCCAAGAUGAUAUGUCUUGAACAAACCACCCAUUAUUUCCCCUGAAAGAAAUAAAAGAAAUAAAAAUA